UUAAAUUACAAAUAUUUUAAUAAUAAAAUACUGUAAUAAUAAAAAAAAAAACAAAACAAAAAUACAGUUUUACAUUAACUCAAAGCGUUGAAACUUUCUCUCUCUAGAUCCGCCUAAGCGGUCCAUAUCAUCCACCAUGAUUGCUACUAUCCAAGCCUCACACCCCACCUCUUCCCUCCUCCUUCUUCUUUGCAGCUCACUAUGAGCUUUCUCUCUCUAAAAUCAUGCAAAUUCACUUGGGUUUUUUCCUUCAUUCAAGUCAGCCAUGAAAGUUCACUGUAAAAUGAAGAAACUUGCUUUCAUUUUUACACUCUUUUUCUCUCUUAACACAGUUAUUUACAGUGUUACAGAUCCUGGAGAUCUUGCAGUUCUUAAUGAAUUCAGAAAAAACCUGGAAAAUUCUGAGCUUUUGAAAUGGCCUAGUCAUGGAGAUAAUGACCCAUGUGGAAAUAAGUGGGAAUUUGUGUUUUGUUCAGAUGGAAGAGUUACUCAAAUUCAAGCUAAGAAUUUAGGGUUGAAGGGUACUUUGCCUCUAGAUUUCAAUAAAUUGGAAAUGCUUUCCAAUUUGGGGCUUCAGAACAAUGAAUUAACUGGUAUGAUACCUUCUUUUAAUGGGUUAAAAGAGUUGAAAUUUGCAUAUUUAGAUUUUAAUAAUUUUACUUCAAUUCCUGCUGAUUUCUUUGAUGGGUUAGUUAGUUUACAAGUAAUGGCAUUAGAUCAUAACCCAAAUUUGAAUGGUAGUAAUGGCUGGUCUUUACCUGUUGGGUUGCAAGAUUCAGCUCAGUUGGCUACUUUGUCAUUGGUGUCUAGUAAUUUAGUUGGUCCAUUGCCUGAUUACUUAGGUAGUUUGGGGUCAUUGACCGAGCUUCGAUUGUCGAUGAAUCGAAUCUCGGGUGGGAUUCCAUCGAGUUUUAAUGGGUCGAAUUUGCAGACAUUGUGGUUGAAUGGACAGGAUGGUGGUGGGAUGACUGGUACUCUUGAUAUUGUUGUGACAAUGGAGUCAUUAAGUACUGUUUGGCUUCAUGGGAAUCAGUUUAGUGGGGUGAUUCCUUCCAAUAUUGGGAGGUUAGCUAGUUUGAAGAAACUUAAUCUUAACUCGAAUCAACUUGUUGGGUUGAUUCCGGCUGGUUUGGCUGACAUGGAAUUGGAUCAAUUGGAUCUAAAUAAUAACCAUUUCAUGGGUCCAAUUCCGGAGUUUAAGACUAAGAAUGUUACGUAUGAUUCGAAUAACUUUUGUCAAAAGACUCAAGGAGCUCUUUGUGCUCCGGAAGUUAUGGCACUUAUUGAAUUCUUGGGUGGGUUAGAGUAUCCAUCAAUCCUUAGUACUUCAUGGUCAACUAAUAACCCGUGUGUUGGAUGGUUGGGAGUGAUUUGCAAUGACAAUAAACAGGUUAGUGUCAUUAAUUUGCCUAAUCGUGGCCUUAAUGGUACACUAAGUCCCUCGCUUGGGAAGCUCAAAUCCCUUGAAAAAAUCAUACUUGAUAAUAACAAUAUCACUGGUCAAGUUCCCUCGAACUGGACAGCUUUGAAGUCCCUCACAACAGUAGAUUUGAGUAAAAACAAGCUUUCCCCUCCAUGGCCAAAAUUUAGCAAAAAUGUCAAAAUUGUUAUUGAUGGUAAUUCUCGACUUAUUUUGCCCCCUCAAUCACAACCUUCGGCACCUAAUGGUCAAUCCUCACCCUCCAAGGGCUCUGGCUCUUCCCCUGACUCUUCCCAUGGCUCUUCUCAGGCAUCCGAAACUAGAAAUCCUCCAAGAUUCAAUAUGGUUGCAAUCAUAGCUCCUGUUGCAGCUUUUUCUGCCCUUUUGUUAAUGGUAGUUCCUUUGUCUAUUUAUUUAUGUAAGAGGAAGAAACAUGUCCACCAAGCCCCGGAGUCAUUUGUGAUUCACCCAAGAGACCCUUCAGAUACAGAUAAUACCGUUAAAGUAGUUGUUGCUAAUAACAUCGCUGGCAAUACAUCCAUUGGAAGCGGUUCUGGUAGUAUGAAUAGCAGCGGGAUGGGUGAGUCCCAUGUCAUUGAAGCUGGAAAUUUGGUCAUAUCAGUUCAAGUUCUCCGAAAUGUGACCAAAAAUUUUGCCCCUGAGAAUGAACUAGGCCGUGGUGGUUUUGGAGUUGUUUAUCAGGGGGAAUUGGAGGAUGGAACUAAAAUAGCUGUGAAAAGAAUGGAAGCAGCUGUAAUUAACAACAAAGCACUGGAUGAAUUCCAAUCUGAAAUUGCAGUCUUGUCUAAAGUCCGUCAUCGACAUUUGGUAUCUCUUUUGGGAUAUUCAGUUGAAGGCAAUGAGAGAAUUUUGGUGUAUGAGUAUAUGCCUCAAGGAGCUCUUAGCAGGCAUCUCUUCCAUUGGAAAACUUACAAUCUGGAGCCUCUUUCGUGGAAAAGGAGGUUAAAUAUUGCUUUGGAUGUUGCAAGAGGGAUGGAAUAUCUUCAUAGCUUGGCGCACCAGAGUUUCAUACAUAGAGACCUCAAACCUUCCAAUAUAUUGCUCUGUGAUGACUUCAGAGCAAAAGUUGCAGAUUUUGGACUGGUAAAACUUGCUCCUGAUCAGGGGCAACAAUCAGUGGUCACCAGGCUGGCUGGAACAUUUGGAUACUUGGCACCCGAAUAUGCUGUCACAGGAAAAAUCACGACGAAAACUGAUGUUUUCAGCUUCGGUGUUGUGUUAAUGGAGUUAUUAAUGGGAGUGAUGGCACUUGAUGACAAGAGGCCUGAGGAACAGCAGUACUUAGCAGCAUGGUUCUGGCGGAUUAAAUCAGACAGAGAAAAGCUAUUGGCUUCCAUUGAUCCAGUUCUUGAUGUGAAAGGGGAAACAGUUGAGAGCAUUGUAGCAAUCGCAGAGUUAGCGGGCCACUGCACAGCCAGAGAGCCCAAUCAACGGCCUGAUAUGGGCCAUGCUGUCAACGUACUGGCUCCACUAGUCGAGAUCUGGAAACCAUGGGAUGACGAUUCUGAAGAAUACUCUGGUAUUGAUUAUAGUCUCCCACUAAAUCAGAUGGUGAAGGGAUGGCAAGAAGCCGAGGGCAAAGACAUGAGUUAUGCAGAUCUUGAAGAUAGCAAGGGUAGUAUCCCAGCUAGGCCUACUGGGUUUGCGGAAUCCUUUACCUCCGCUGAUGGUAGAUAGAGAAGGGUAAUUGUUCAUAUAUGUUCUGUAUUUUGUAGAUAUAGUUUGUUGUUCUCCUUAUUCUCUUUGUGAUCUUCUCACAUCACUUGUGUUCAUAUCAUUUAAUGUUGUAUUUGGUUUUUGAUGUUAAAGUUGAUAAGUGUACAAUAGAUCUCCUGUUCGAGUUUUCCUUUUUACGCAAAAUUUUUGCAGUCAGUAUAUUGUAUGAUGGAUAUGUAAUGAAUUUCAGCAUGUAUGAUAAGGAUUAAGAAUGCCCUUCUCCUAAA